AUGACUACUGUUCAAACCCCAGCGAAGAAUCUUCGCAACAUAGGGUUUAUCGCCCACAUUGACGCCGGCAAGACCACCUUAACGGAGCGCGUGCUUUACCUUACGGGUCGCAUCCGCAAGGUGGGCGGUGUGGAUCAGGGCACGACCGCAAUGGACUGGAUGCCUCAGGAAAAAGAAAGAGGCAUCACAAUCACCGCGGCCGCUACCACCGCGUAUUGGCGCGACCAUCAGGUCAACAUCAUCGACACGCCCGGCCAUGUGGACUUCACUGCAGAAGUUGAACGCAGCCUUCGAGUGCUGGACGGCGGUAUCGUUGUGCUGGACGCUGUAGCCGGUGUCCAACCCCAGUCGGAAACGGUAUGGAGGCAGGCCGACACCUACAACGUUCCUCGAAUCUGUUUCGUCAACAAGAUGGACCGCGUCGGCGCGUCCUACGAACGUACCAUUGAAUCAGUACGACGACGCCUGAAAGGAAACCCCGUUGCGGUGCAGGUGCCCAUCGGGUCUGAAGACACCUUCCGUGGCGUGGUCGAUCUAAUCGAAGGCCAGGCCAUCAUGUAUUCAGAUGGCCGAGAUGACAUAGCGGAACCACCGGAAAUCGUGCCGGUUCCGGCUGAAUACGAGAAGUCCUAUCAGGAUUAUCGGCAGGAGAUGUGA